GAGUUCACAAUCAUAUCCCUAGUGCUAAUAGCUAUCAGGAUUCUUCACAAACCUCAGUUUCAGAAUCCUGUCAACAGAUUCGGCCGUCGAGUAAACUCUUCGUCAUCUUCUUCUAUCCCAAAUAAAAAAUUUGAAAAUUUCGGUAAUGAAGCAAUUCGCGGCAAAUGCAGGAGCAAAUCCCCAAAGGAGUCCGGUCUCUGCAUCGCAGGCCCAAACUCAACCAAACCUUCGGAAGUCUCUAUGGCAUUGUCGAUAUUAUCUUCUGAGACGGGCCCACAGUGGGCUUCAAAUUCAGCAUCCGGGCCAUGGAGCAAGCUGCAGAGAGAGUUGACCUUCUUCAUGAGCGAUUGCUCAUCGAGGCCCGUCGAGCACUGGGUGUCGUUAAGAAGAACUUCGGCAAUAUUCUCGAGCAUUUCUUGGCAUUCUGAGGCCCUGGCCGAAGGAAAAUUUCUGCAAGUCAUUUGCUCGGAAAUUCGAUUCUCGAGGUGGUUCACGAGGUCACUCAUCGACAUUCCAUCAAUCGCUUGCGAGGACAACUGUGCAGCAACAAUGGAUUCUUCUGAAUUUUCUCCAAUAGAAGCUUCGGGCUCAAAGUAUGGCGAGCCCACGUCAAGUUCGAGGAGUUGGCUCAAGAUAGCUAAACGCGUGUCACACUGA